AUGCCUUUCUUCGGUCCCCGAUGGAGCAAGAGCUUGAGCAGCAAGCACGGAGGCGGCGUGACCGUUGACCGUCACGGCGUGCGUCGCAACCCCUUCCGCUUCAACUGCUGUGGUUUCACCUGCUUCAGAUAA